GUCAGAUUUCUUUUUCAUUCCUUCUUGCUCACAUUGUGCCGGGGCGUGUGGCUAUUACUCGAAAAAUACUACAUUUUUAAAUAAAAAUGGCCGUAGGAGACGUUAAAACCGCACAAGGCCUUAAUGAGCUUAACAAUUUCUUAGCUGAUAAGAGUUAUGUGUCAGGUUACACACCAACUCAAGCCGAUUUCCAAGUAUUUCAACAAGUCGGCAAGGCCCCGAGCGCAAGCUUGCCCCACGCUCUCCGGUGGUACAACCAGAUUGCCUCUUACAAUGCCGAGGAGCGCAAAUCCUGGCCAGCUGGUGCUAGCCCUCUGACCGCUGGCGGAAAGACCACCACAGCACCUGCACCCGCUGCUAAGGAUGACGACGAUGAUGACGUCGACCUAUUCGGAUCUGGCGACGAGGAAGAGGAUGCAGAGGCUGCCAGAAUUCGUGAAGAACGCCUGAAAGCUUAUGCUGACAAAAAAUCGAAGAAACCUGCUCUCAUUGCUAAAUCAUCUAUAAUCCUUGACGUAAAGCCAUGGGACGAUGAAACAGACAUGAAAGAAAUGGAAAACCAGGUCCGCACCAUCGAAAUGGAUGGUCUCCUCUGGGGAGCUUCCAAACUUGUACCUGUUGGAUAUGGUAUCAACAAACUGCAGAUCAUGUGUGUCAUUGAAGAUGACAAAGUCUCUGUUGAUCUCUUGACUGAAAAAAUCCAGGAAUUCGAAGACUUCGUCCAGUCUGUUGAUAUUGCUGCUUUCAACAAAAUCUAAGAUGUGCAGCCAGUUUAAUUUUAAGUUUACAUUUGAAUAAAAUCAAAAUUUUUCCACAAA